GAGAAGCGAUAUACGCCGACUUGUGCCCUUACUGUUUGCUUUGUUGAUUUAUGAACUCAUCAGACUGGUCCUUUAAAAUUUGUUUAAGAUGGCAACAUUACGAUUUUAUUUUACUUUUGUUUUUCAAAAAGCAAACAAUAAAUGAAUUUCUCUUAACGAUACAAAAUGAUUGAUUUUUACAAUGUUUCCUUUCACUACCUUUAAAUGAUUUAAAUUUAACAUCUAGGGACCGACCAUCUAACAUUUGACGGGUCGCCAACAAAUUUCCAAAAAAUAUUUUGAAAAAAAAAGGAAACUCGAGGGAAAAAUCAUGCAACCGGCAAUUGCCACAAACAUAUCGGAGGAGGAAUAAAUAUGCUACCUUUCGCUAGAAAUCAAGUGAUUCCGUCUUACCUGAAUAUCACUUCGUUUCGUUCGUGUCGUGGCCAGGACAAAAUGCGUUUUACUAAGACUGUCGCUGUGAGCCUUUAGGGAUAACUUGAUGGAUAUAUUUUAAGGAUUGUUCUGUGUGCGCACUGUGUGAUUUUUUUUUCUGGUAUAAGGGUUAAUUUCACGGCUCACAGGUGCGCCAAGUAUUCUCUUGAUAAAAAAACAGCUACAUUUUUCAUGAACCUGCACGUAGUCAUAUAAAUUUAGGUUCAUAAACCUGGAAAUAUUAAAAGAAGAACUCGACGGGCAACGAUAAGGUAACAUAACUGAUGUAUAGUUCAUUUAAAGGCAAUGCUUGUCUAAGGCAAACCAGAGAGCAUAGGUAGGGAUUACUUUAAAUAUUGUUCUGUGUGCGCGCUGUGUGAUUUUUUUACUGGUAUAAGGGUUCAUUUCACGGCUCACAGGUGCGCCAGGUAUUCUCAUGAUAAAAACAGCUGCAUUUUUCAUGAACCUGCAGGUAGUCAUAUAAAUAUAGUUUCAUAAACCUAGAAAUAUUAAAAAAAGAACUUGACGGGCAAUGAUAAGGUAACAAAACCUUGAGAGGAGAGGAGUAAUAGUUUGAUUCUCUCAAACUAUCAUUCAUUAUCCUCCCACCCACCCAAACAUUUAUGAAAGAAACUCCACUUCUAGGAAAUUUAAUUUUAUUUUUGUGGUGAUUUAUCGCUUGUUUCCUUGUAGAUGUUACCACGUCGCACGUUUUUUAACACCCUGGUAUCUCUCUCCAUUAAUAGAUGACUUUGUAUAUACUUGCUUUCCUUGUAGAUGUUACGCUAUGUUGUACCCCUGGUUUCUCUUACCAUAAAUAGAUAAAAUUGUUAUACUUGCUUUCCUUGUUUGUCACGCCAUUUGUUGUCUAUCUUGUACCCCUGCUUUCUCUCUCCAUUAAUAGAUAACUUUGUUAUACUUGCUUUUCUUGUAGAUGUUACGCCACAUGUCUAUCUUGUACCCCUGGUUUCUCGCUCCAUUAAUAGAUAACAUUGUUAUACUUGCUUUCCAUUUAGAUGUUACGCCAUGUUGUCUAUCUUGUACCCCUGGUAUUUCUCUCCAUUAAUAGAUAACUUUGUUAUACUUGCUUUCCUUGUAGAUGUUACGACAUGUUUGUCUCUCUUGUACCCCCGGUUCCUCUCUCCAUUAAUAGAUAACAUUGAUAUACAUGCUUUCCUUGCAGAUGUUACGCCAUGUUUGUCUCUCUUGUACCCCCGGUUUCUCUCUCCAUUAAUGGAUAACAUUGAUAUACUUGCUUUCCUUGUAGAUGUUACGCCACCUUGCACUUCUUUUACCCCUGGUCGCUCUCUCUAUUGCGGCGGAAGAUCCUCUUGGCAAAUCCGUAAAUGUCCCUAACACUGCUCUAUUCCGGGGAAAUCUGGGUGGCAAAGAAGUAUUUCAAGCACUACCCGAGGGAUGCGUUAGGAAAAACAUGAUUAAUGACGUGAAAAUGAAUCCCCUGUUUAUCAGGUCAAAAACUGCGUUUUACCGGCUAUUAGCCGAAAGAUUUAACAUCGAAUCGGAUCUCGUUGGAGAUUAUUUUUUCAAAGCAACAGAACAAAGCCUUUUCCUUCUGCGGCAUGGAGAAUCAAUGAUGGGUACCAUCGAACAAUUCUUUAAAAAAACUUCAACUCGGGUUAUUACCCGUUCUUGUCUACGUGAUGCUAGUCUAAGUGAAGGAAUUGAAAAUGAUUUCAAAAAUCUUCCUGCAAAAAUUUCUAAGCCAAAACACGCAAAAUCUUGGGAUUCUUACAAGAAUUUCAUUACCAAGUACGGAACGCAUGUUAUUAAAAGUGUUUCUUAUGGCGCAAAGUUUCUCAUUUUUGCUUUUGCUAAAGCAUCAAAAAAUUACUCCCAGAAAGAUUUUAAGAGCAUUGUUUGUAAGUUUAUGAAAGAUGGGCCAGAUUGCAGAGUGACUAGUGAGAUUGACACAAGCUUGCUGGACAUUAAGCAGAUAGUUAUAGCUAUUGGUGGCAGUAAAGAGAGUCGACAAGCCCUGAUAACGUCUCCUAAUAAAAAGGCAAUCGACAAGUUGAUGUCAGAAGCUACAGAGCACGCAGUCCCCGUUUCCUACGAGUUCGAAGCCAUCUGGAAUAUCUUGAAACUAAAGUUCCUAGCCGGUACUCCCGAUAACGCAAAAGUGAGAAAUCUCGAACAGUUUGUAAAAGGCUACCUGAAUUACGGCUGUGAGUUGGAAAAGGUGCAUGGACUGGAAAUUCAGCGAUUCGAGCUUGCGCCCCAAUCCGUGGUCAGCAAACCUACGUAUCAGUGCAUGCUCAUGGAGCCCGGAUGCAACAGCAAUGGCGACUGCCACUACCGAGCUGUUCCGGCUGAAUGCUCGUGCAAUGGGCCCACUUGUAUCGAGAACAAGGAGGAGGAGAGAACCGACGGGCUGUAUAAAAAGAUAGCGUACGCCUACAAUCGUGGUGAGCGAGGUGUGUCGCUUGGCUGCAGAUAUCGAUACAUCCCAGCCGAAUGCCACUGUGAAACAAGACCAAAGAUGGCAACAGUGUGGUCCUACAAUGAUGGGAGCAAUGAUAGCGAUAGUGACGAGUAAAAAGUUCUUUAGCAUGACUUGUAUAGGUCAGAUUGAAAUAAAUCGAGUAUAUGCUCGUAGAUGAAUCUAUGAUUGAUGACAAGCAGGGGAUAUGUUCGCUACUAAUCGGCUCCAAUUUAACACAUCGGUCGACAAAUUGUCCAUCCUCGGAGACCCAAGCCCCUUUCUCGUAUUAUGUUUUUCCUUCGCGUACUCGCGGCUCCUGGGAUCCCCGUGGAUGCUCAUUGUAAAACACAUUACCCCAUUUGCUUGUCCUUUAUUCUUAAACUCGACCCAAUUUGCGGCAAAGAUGUUGAUAGAACAUGUUGGUCAGGUCAUGGUGGUCAAGUCUUGAUGAUAGAACAUGGUGGUCAAGUCUUGUUGAUAGAACAUGGUAGUCAGGUCAUGUUGAUAGAACAUGGUGGUCAGGUCAUGUUGAUAGAACAUGGUGGUCAGGUCAUGUUGAUAGAACAUGGUGGUCAGGUCAUGGUGGUCAAGUCUUGAUGAUAAAACACGCCGGGCACAAAACACUCCAAAAGCGGCAGGGUUUUCCGUGUCAAAUCGCCAUCUUGGACGGGGCACGUUUUCAGAGGACUGGUGCCGAAUUUACGAAUCUGCUCGGGCCCUAUGUUCUAAAGCUCGUAGGAUUUUCGCUAGCUUCGGAAAAUAAGAUCGGAUGGCGGUAAGGCACAGACGGAAGAACAAAGUUCCUGCGCCUAUUCUUCAAAGGGAUACGGUCUUUCCGCGACUUUUCCCAAAAUGUCUUGAAUGCAGUUAUUUUGAGUCCCGAUUUUAUUUUUACGUCGAAAGAAUUUAUUGAAAAUCAGCAGGGUAGUCCGAUUCUUGAAUCCCUGAAUGUCUUCGCUAUGAUUUUUGUUUUGUAGAUUUCUCCUCUGUUCUCGCGCGAUUAUUUUUGAAACCUCACUCUAAUUUUCAAGUUUAAUUGUAAAUAUGCCAAAGAGGUUUAGUCUCGGAGAGUAAAUGCGAGAGGCUAAAUUAAAGUGACAGAAUGUGAUGGACUCUUCGUGAGAACUGCAGGACCUGGAGAAUGAGUUUUCUUUCCUUUAGCAAAGCAUCGCUGAGAAGAAACUUGAAAGCGAAGCGAGAAAAGCUGAGAAGGCUUAGCAGAAAGGUAUUUAUAAAGAACCAAAUAGAAUGUGUUUACAUAUAAUACUCAUUUUGUAGAAAUGCAGUGCUUAUAGAAAAGGAAUCGAAAGGAAAGGACAUAUUUGUUUUAGCCAGACUUGCGCAUUAUUUUACGCUAUCGUGUUAUUUGAGAGGGUGAUUUAUUGAGUUAUAAAUUAUAGUCAAAUUGUUGGUUCUUUUAGAUCGAAAGAUCGUUUCGUCAAAGAAAUAACACAUGGAAUAGAACUAAAAAACCCGGCGCGCGCGUUGCUAUGGUAGCUCAUAAACAAUAAUUAUUCUUUGUUGUGAAAGUAUUUUCAGUUUCAACAGCGCUUCAGUUUAUUGUAUUCUUGGAUAAACUUGUUCUUAACGAAACUCAAGUGAAACCAAAUAUGAUAAUCAUUUAAGUUACAUCAGAAAACUUAGUCAAAUCAAAAUAGUUAAGUAAGACUUAGUACUUAAUUGGAUUCUAAAUUCUGAGUUCUUCCAAACAGAUGACUUGUAGUUUCAUGUUGGUCUAAUUAUUAUCUUUGUUUGUUUGUUUCAUAUUUGAUGGCUACAUGGAUAUUCUCUUCAGAUUAGUGAUAUCCUCAAUAGAAAAUAGAUAGCAGUAAUUAGGUUAUUAUAUUAUCAGGCUAUAUUUAAAUGUAAUCAAUAACCUUACUCUGCAUAGCAGUUAAAAAUAGGUAGGUAGAUUCAGACAGUCGUAUGGAAGGUAACAGUCAGGAAGGAGGCAGUCAGAAGGGGUUUUUAAAUGGAAAUGCAGUGUCUAUGAGGAGGAAGAAUCCGACAUGCUUCACUGAGGGAGGGGUCAGGCUACCUGCUAUAGUGAUGCUAUAGUGGUGUGCAAGCUUUAAAAUAUCUUAGGGGUGAGAAUUACUGUUGACUACACCCAAAGUGCUGUCACUUAGAAUUACGCUACUAACGUUUACAUGUUUCCAUUAUUUCUCUGUUGUUUUUUAUCUUGCCUUGACAUACAUCCAGGACAUGUUUGAUGUACACACACUUUGUGUACAAGAUAUAAAUGUUGCAUCCAAACAUUUCUUGGUGGCUGAUUGCCAUGGCUCUAAGAGUCAAAUAAUAAAGGUAUGUAAUCCUGUAAAAAAUAGCAUGUUUGAUGUACUCUGAGGUGGAUUGUCUCCUUAAAAAGGUGAGUAAAAAGAUGUAAGAGGCUAAUUUGAUAGAAAAAAAAAAGAAUCUAUUUGUAAGCAUCCAAUGGUUAAAUGCUUUUUUUUAUGAAUGAUAGACUUUGAUAGGUGAUGAAAUAUUUUUUUUAAAAAUAAAAUGUUUGAUUUUCUAUUAUCUUUAUUGAACUUUUUUUGUAAAUUAUCUUAUGGCAGCCUAAGACAGAGUUGGUAUACUUUCUACUUAUCCCAUUAUCUUUACAAAUGCUAAAUGCAGAUCUCUUAUGUUAUACAAUUACAAAUUACAGCAAAUAAAAAAAAAUACAUAUUUGUAUGUUACUUUUGGAAUACAUUUGAUCAAUAUAUUAUUUCAAAUCAUCAGCAACUCUUUUUUUUAUGAAUAAGAACAUUGUUAUUGUGAUGCAGUGAGGUCUAUGAUAAACUUGAACACAGUAUUUCAAUGAUGCAAAAUCUGGGUUUAGAAAAGUUGUUUGGAAGUAAAGCUGUUCACUCACAAGAGUGCAUGUUGGCAGAGCAUUUACUGUAUUGUGUUCUUACAUAAAAAGUGUGAUUGAUCUGCUUUCAGCAUAAAAUAAAGUGGCUACCUAAUGCAGGUUCAUAAGAAAUGUAAGGAAACUGGAAUUGUAUAUCCCUAAGUAAAUAUGUAAUGUAUAUACUAGAAUCAGGGAAGAAAUAAACAACAUUCGUCUAUGGUACUAAAAUUAAAAUACUUUAAUAUACUGGUAAAUUAUUCUUUAUUGAGGUUUUCAAAAUCCUAUGCAACAAAAUGUUGCAAAUGUUCACACAUAUUUUUUUGUAUAUACUGUACAAAGUGAUCUAUACUAUCUGAAAAUAAUAGUUAUGUAAUAUUUGAAUUCUGAGGCAUAAUACUGUAAUGCUGAUAUAUUUAUAUAUAUUUUGAUAUAUCCAUAACUAUUAAUUCUUGCCAAUAUUUAUUCUGUUACACAACAGUUUUUUGACAUUCAUUGCUUAAAGCAAUUAAGGAUUUAGCAAAAAAGUAAAAAUUUAUUUGAUAUAUUUAUAUAAUCUUACUUCAAUUUUAGAAGUGCUCGUGCCUUUUAUGGUAAUAGAGACCAUUUAAUAAAUACUUUAUUCAUAAGAUAAUAAAUAAUAUAAGAUUAUCAUAUAAAUUUAUAAAUAUAUAUAUUUACAAUAUUUAUUGAAUUGUUACAUAUUUUGUAACCUCUAUUUCUGAAAUAAAUCUUGCAAUUUCAUA